AUGUCCACAAAGGCAACCAACGAUGCAGCCAAGGCCUUCAAGGCCCUACACGUGCCCGGCACGCCUCUCCUCCUCGCCAACGUCCACGACGCCACCUCGGCCCGCAUCGUCGCCGCCCUACCGGGCUGCAAGGCCCUCGCGACGGCCAGCUUCGCCAUCGCGCUGGCCAACGGCACCUCGGACCCGUCGCUCGACCUGGACACGCACCUGGCCGCCCUGGCGCCCAUCGCCGCGGCCGCCGGCAAAACGCCGCUGACGGUCGACCUGCAGGACGGCUACGGGCCGCGGCUGGGCGAGGCGGUGCGCGCCGUCGUGCGGCUGGGGGCCGUGGGCGCCAACAUCGAGGACUCGGACCGCGCGUCGGGCGCCAUGAUGGGCGACGGCGAGGCCGUCGCGCGGGUCCGCGCCGCGCUGGGGGCCGCCGCCGCCGAGGGGGUGCCGGACUUCGUCGUCAACGCCAGGGCCGAUAGCUGCCUCAAGGGCGGGACGCUGGAGGAGUCGAUCCGCAGGGGGAGGCUGUACCUGGAGGCUGGGGCGACGACGGUGUAUAUCCUCGGGGGCGGGCCGGGCGGGUUCACGAGGGAGGAGGUCGCGAGGAUGGUUGAGGGGCUUGAUGGGCGCGUGAACGUCGGGCUCAGGCUGCCGGGGGGUUCUUCGGCUGUUAAGUCGCUGACGAGCAGUGAGCUUGGGGAGCUGGGGGUUGCGAGGGUCAGCGUUGGGCCGCAGAUCUAUCUUGCUGUUGUCGAGGCGAUCAAGCAGGCUGCCGGGGCUGUCCUUGGGAGUUAGAGACUCUGAGCUGUCUGAAACAGGUUCACUUGAUCUGGAUCAGCAAAGGGAAGUGCGUAGGUCUUCGAGACGAGUCAGGUCAGCAACAUAACAUAACCUCCCAUCAACAAUUACCAGGUCUCUCUCUCUGCUAUUGGCCACAUAUUAGUUGAAACAAAAGCAUUGUUAAUAGAAGAUCGAGGGUGGUCAUUCCGCAACCAUGUGUAGGAGAAAUGUGUCCUAGGAAACGAAGAACGAUGUCAUUAGUUCGAAAAUCACUCAAGUAGGC